AUGUUAGACUCUCAGGAUACAGACGUCUCAAUCAAUCCUUGGUUCGAGGGAUCUGUGGCAGCUGCUGUCGACACUGCAAAAACUAAGGACUCAGUCUUGUUGGUUUGCCUUGUUCAAGAUUCAAACGAAGAGAGCGAGAGUUAUCAAUUUGAACGUCGUUUUUCGGAUACCAAAGUCGUGUCAGAGCUAUCAAACAUGAAUGUGAUUUCGCUACGACUCAUCAAGGACUCGCCGGAUGGAUUGAUGUUUGGGCAGAUCUUCCCUAUUAUGGUCGUACCUGCACUCUAUCUUAUUCGAAACGGGCUGUUGACGGACUUCAUAAACAACGCAGUGGAUAUUGACCAGAUGCUAGAGAGGAUCAAAAAAGCUGUUGAUGGGCAUUUUCAAAUCCCACCUCCACCAGGUACCACUGCUACGCCUGCUUCUACUAGCAUGGCGAAUAUUUCUACCUCAUCCUCUCCUGAUCUAGUGACUCAGGUACCGGAGCCGAGCACAACAACUCUACAACCAAACGAAAGCAACGAUUUUGUAAGCGUAUCUGUUUCAGCACCAUCAGCGUCCUUAACAGCAGUAACUCCUACGAUGUCGAUACCUACUACUACAUCCACUGCCAUCGUAUCGCCGAGUCCAUCUUCCAUUGUGGAAGGCUCGCAUUCAAGAUUUGGUCAGGCGCAGGAGCUGAAAGAGCUCAUGAAGGAACGGAAACUGAAGCGUGAAAAGGAAGAAUUAGAAGCUGCAAAGCAGCGCGAGAAAGACAGACGAUCUUCCUCCAAGGCUCUUUCUGAGGCGCAAAGGGAGUUGGCUGAGAAGCAAAGCAAGAAAAUUAAGGAUCAGAUGGAGAAGGACAAACGGGAGGAGGCUGAAUACAAGAGACGCGUUAAACAGGCGCUUGAGGAAGAUAAAGCUCGACGAAAAGCUGAAAAGGAAAAGGCCCAAGCUGCUGUAGUCACCACCGCAGCAUUAGGAAGCUCAACGGAGCAGGAAGUUCUCACACCGGCUGAUAUCCAUGCCCAAAAUUCAAGUCUAACACAGGCCCGUAACGAUGCGGCCCCUGCGCUUGCAUAUGAUACCAGUCGACUCAACAUUCGACUUUUUGAUGGUUCUAGCGUCCGCCAUACUUUCAAGGCGACCGAUACGCUGGAACAAGUUAGGGAAUGGAUCAAUCAGAACCAAGAAGAGGAUGAAGACACCUAUAACAUAGUCCAACUGAUCCCUCCACGUACAUUUACAGACGAGUCCAGGAUGCUUCGUGAUCUGGAACUUUGUCCUAGCGCCACACUAGUGUUGAGGAAAACGACCAAAUCGUCUUCAGCUUAUAGAGGAACAGGAGAUGGUGGAAUCCCCACAGUCUUAGGAUAUGGUUGGUCAGCACUUAGUCUUGUUGGUAAAGUGGCUUCAAGUGCGUAUUCCACUGUCUCAUAUUACAACCCAUUAGCAAGCAGUGGCAAUGAGGGUAGCAAUAGUGCUGGCCGUCCAAGCGAUAUGACUCGUGACUCUAGAUCUGAUUCAUAUAAGAAGAAGGACAGGGAAGUCAGCUACAACGGAAACUCAACCAAUUUGGAAUAG